AACAAAUUUAAGUCGAAAUUAAGUUUUAUGUGUACUAGAAAAAACUUAAUUGUGAUAUCCGUAGUAUUAAAUUAAUACUAUAUCUAUUUGUUUGUAGAAAUAUUUAGCCAUGCAAAUUUUCGUAAAAACCCUAACGGGUAAGACCAUCACGCUUGAGGUCGAGCCUUCUGAUACCAUUGAGCAUGUCAAGGCUAAAAUUCAAGAUAAAGAAGGAAUUCCACCAGAUCAACAGCGGCUAAUUUUCGCUGGGAAGCAACUGGAAGAUGGGCGCACAUUGGCUGAUUACAAUAUACAGAAGGAGUCUACCUUACAUUUAGUACUUCGUCUGAGGGGUGGUGCGAAGAAACGCAAGAAGAAGAACUACUCAACCCCAAAGAAGAUUAAACAUAAGAGGAAGAAGGUUAAGUUGGCGGUUUUAAAUUAUUAUAAGGUCGACGAGAACGGAAAAAUACAUCGUCUCCGUCGGGAAUGCCCAGGUGAAAACUGUGGAGCUGGUGUUUUCAUGGCCGCUCAUGAAGAUCGGCAUUAUUGUGGAAAAUGCCAAUUAACUUUCGUUUUUUCAAAACCAGAAGAUAAAUAAAAUGUGGAAACAAUUUUGUUAAACACGGUA